AUGGAGGGCUUUGAAGAACCAGACCUGAUUGCAGAAGCACAAAGAAAGGCAGAUCAAAUUUUGAGGGAAGCACAGUUGAAGGCAGAACAGAUUUUGAAGCAGGCUGCAGAGAAGACUUCUGCUCCAGCAGUGGUUCAAAGAAAGCUUUCAGACCAGUUCAAGACACCAGAUAGACCAACAUCAACCUUCAAGAGUCCAGCUUCCAGCAGAGAAUGUCUUGAAGAGAGCCAGGGUUCCAAUUCCAGUGGCAAAUCCCCUUUGUCACAAUUUGGUUUGGAGAAGUUUUUUGGCAGUCCAAAAGAGCAGGCAGAAGCAAGACCUGUUUUGGAGAGAAAGAUUUUAGGGAAAGAAAGAAAGAGAUCUAUUAGAGAGCUUGAGCUUGAUGAGUUGAAGCAGCAAUAUGUCAAGAGAUUGAAGGCAGUGGAGGAUUUAGAGGCAGAGAAGGCUAUUGUUCCAAGUGCUGUUGAGCUAGGAAAACUUGGAGGUAGACCACAUGUUGAAGAGUACAGCACUGCUGGAUUGAAGAGUAACAGGAGAAGAGCUGGGAUGCCUUCAAAGAGAAAGGAGUUCUCAGUUGUAGAGAAAGUCAAGAUUGCAGAGGACUUGGAGCAUAUGCAAAAGGAAUCUUCCAACAGCAGAGAGCUCUUCAAGAAAGGCAGGUCCAGAUAUGGCCUAGACACCAGGACCUUGAAGCACCUCAUGUCCAAAAAGAAAGAGUUUGAAGGUCAAAGGUCAAAGUUGAAGACAAAGAGAGGCAGAGUUGUAGGGUCAAGGUUUGUCAGGGCAAAGGGCGCAGGCAGAAAGUUGGAGUUUCAGAAGGAGAUUGACAAGGUCAAAGAAAUGGUUUCGAAGGAGAGGUCCAAUGGAGUUGUGCUUGCAAAGGGUGACCUUCUGGAUGAGUUUCUAGCACAACUGAUUUCUUCAGCCCAAGAAUGUUUGAAGCAAGCAGAGCUUUCAAAGAGUGAGGGCCAGAAGAAGUCUUGGAACCUUGAAGCCAAGGCCUGCUUUGCCAGAAGGGACAAGCUUCUAGCCAGCAAGAAGUACAGGCAGUCUUUCUCCAGCAGGCUUUUAGAGUACUGUGGUGCAAAGGAAGUUGGCAAGGAGUUGGUAAGCCCUUUGAGUGCACUUGAAGAGAAAACGCGUGUUCAAUUGUCUUGGCAAGCCAUUGACAGAAUGGUGUGGCUUGCAGGUGCAGCCCCUGAGGCAGACCUCUUGAAGUCUGAUCUCUUUGCAGAGCCCAAGGAUGUGUUGAAGCCUGGAGUUAGGGAAUUGCUGACCAUUGGCUUUUCAGACCAGGUCCCACUUUGGGCCAAAGCUGAGAGUUCAAAGAUGGUGGCUUCUAGCGAAGAACUUUCAGGCAUCACAGUUGCAGACAGGAAGCAGUUUGAUCUGUUCAGGAAAGACCUGCUUCAAGCUGUUGAUUUCUUCAAGCCAGAAGAUGCUUCCAGCCAGGUGGUGACCUUGGAAGGCACAGAAAAGUUUGCAGGUGGCAGGAGGAUUGCAGGAAGUUUGACUGCCAAGGGGGUUGCAGAGAAUUCCAAGUUUAGAAUCACUUAUGAGGCGCGCCAAAGAAUUGUAGGCUUGCCAGUUGGGAGUGAUGGUGUUAGAGGGGAGGUUGCUGCUGGACUACUGGUUUUUCCAGGGGUGCAUGCAAGGCUGUCAAACCUUGACAGCAAUGGCAGGUGGAUUAAAAGUGAAGAGUUUGAAGUUGCAGGUUGCAAGAUUGUUCACAAGGCAGGUGAGGCUUCAAAGGCAUUGAAGUGGGCUGUUGAUUUGAGGAAGGAAGCUCCUGAGCUAUUUGAAGGCAAGCUGGACAUUAUGAGUCAGCCUUCCUGCAACCUUGACAGUGUUCUUUUGAAGUGGGUGAUUGAAGACCAGAUUGAAAAAGAACCACUUGCAGUCUGGAUUAGAGAUAGCUUUGCAGCCAUUUUUUCAGAGGAGAUUAGAGAAACCCAGGCCCUUGGAAACCAACUGUCAGCAAUUCUUUUAGGCAAGACAACCCAAAGGUUGCAGCUGACAGACACAGAUUUUGCCAGAGCCUUCAAGGCUGAUUUCAGAAAGGCUCUUGCAGAGAAGAGGAGUUCUCACAGGCUUGAAGGCAAGGAGGGCACUUUCAAGAUUUCCUACAGGACAGUGAUUGAAGCCACCCUUCAAGCCCAGGAGGCUGCAGUCAAGAGAAACUUGGAGACUUCAUGGGUGAUUAGAGGAGCCUUCAGAAAUGCACUUGUCAUUUAUAGGCCAGACUUCAACAAUGGUACUUUGCAGCCACUUGAAGCAAAGGAUUGUGGUCUUGAACAGUUGGAGCUUGGGAGCCACAGGAUUCCAAGUGAAUGGUUGGUUCCCAGAAAGGGCUGGUUGCAGGCUGGCAUUCCAAUGGCGCCAGAGUUCUCUUUGAGCCAGGCAGCAACCAAUGUUCAGAACCUUCUAGACUGGGCUGCUUACACAAACCCAGCCCUUGAAGAUGAGGAAGAGAAUCCCCUAGACAUUGAUGAUUCCAUUGAAGAGUCUCUGGGGUUUGGUUUGAAGAAUUCCUUGUUUUUGAGGCUUCACCCAAAGGUGAGGAAAGCAGCUUUUUUAGCUCAGAAAGAUGCAAAGUUUUCAGAAGUACUUGAGAAGUCCAAGGAAAAAGCUGCAAGACUCCAGCAAAGGGCAAGUUUGAGGCCUGGUUUGUUGAAGGCUCUUAGAGAGAAGCUUAAAGGAAUGAGCAAGAAGGAAGCAAUUGAACAGGUGGUUGCCAAGAGCAAUGCAAGCAAGAAGAAGAUUUCAGCCAUCUUCAAGCCUGGUGCAAAGACAAAGCCAUCCAUUUUCAAGAAAGCAGCUUUGAAAAGUCUCAAGAAAAGCAAGGCAAAGCAGGAGGCAGACAAGAGCAUUCCAGCAGCCUUGAAGGAUUUGAAGAAGAAGACAGAGCUGGAUGCAGUUGUUGAAGCUUCUGGGGAGACAGUUCAUUGUAGAAUUGUUUCAGAGAGUGAAGGGAAAGGGAAGUAUGGGAAAGAAGGGAUGGUUGAAGUGAAGAGCUUGGAGAAAGAUGGGGGUGAGUUUUGCCAGCUCAUUGGAGACAAGCACACAGUUGUGACUUGCAAGGUUUCAAGUCUUCUUGUCAAGCAAGACACAUGGCUUCCAGUGAAGGAGUGGCAGCCUUUCAGCAAGCUUUCUAGAAAAAGUAAAGGUGAAGCCCUUUACAUGAUUGGCUUGAAGCCAGAGCCCUUUGCAAGCGCGGGUGAUGAUUUGAUGGACCUUCCAAGUCAGGAUGAGAACUUUGAUUCUCAGCAUAUGCUGCUUGGCUUUGAGCUUUUGAGGUGGCAGUUCAAGGACUACUUGAAGGAGGUGGCCUUCAUAGACCCUUAUUUGACAACAAUGUAUUUGAGAGAUGAGGAUGUUCCACAAAGAGAGCUGUUGAAGAAGACCAUUCAAGACUUUGGGGAAUCAGAUUCGCGGGUGCUUCUUUGUCCAAUUUGGAGUGCAAAGACAAUUUGUCAUUGGACUCUGCUUACAGCUGAGAGGGUUGAAGGGAAGUGGUCUUUUAGGUACAGGGAUACCUUGGCAGACCCAGUAGAAGAUUCCUUGAAGAAGGCUUGCAGUAUAGCCAGCCUUUUGCAGAAGGAAGAGGUUUCUUUGAAGAUUUACAACUCUUUCCAGCAAGUUGGAAGCACAUGUGGGCUUUGGACUCUUGCAUACAUGAUGGAAGAGGCUUGCAGCUUGUUUGAAGGCUUGGCUUCCAGAGGACACCCAAACAUUAACUUCUUGAGGAUGAAGUUUGUAGCUUGGUGGCACCAGCUUUCAGCAGAGAAGCAAAAGCUUGAAGAAAGCAAGAAGGAACUUGAAGAGAAGGCAGAGAAAAUUUCAGUCCAGCAAGAGAAAGCCAAGGAGAAAGCCUUGCAGCAGCUUUCCAAAUUGAAGAGCCAUACCAGUGCUGCAGCCAUUAAAGCCCAGCAGAUGCUUGAAGCCAAUAGCAAGUACUUCAAGCUGCAACAGCUGAGUGAGGCUUCAAGGUACAAGAUUGAAGGCAAGGCUUUGAAGUACUACUGGAGCAAAGAGGAGCUGGAUGAUAAGCUUCAGGAGGCCGUGGUACAGAAGAACCACCUCUUGCAGGUCUUGAACAAAGAGGAUUUGGAAGGCCAGUUUAGCAAGUUGGUGGAGGGCUUGUCCGAUGCGAAGUCCACCGCGGACAUGGCGCGGGUCACCAUCUUGUACGGCAGUGAGACGGGUAACUCCGAGGAGCAGGACAUCCGCGCACGUGGACUGAAGGCUCAGGUGAGCAGCUGUGAUGAUUUCGACUUCGAGGAGCUGCCGAACCAGAAGUUGGAUCUGCCGAUGAGUUGGCUCUCCGGAACGAAGUUCGCCGUCUUCGGGCUGGGCGACUCCACCUACAGCCAGUUCUGCGUGGCGGCCAUUCAGUUCGACACGCGCCUCGGCGAGCUGGGCGGCCAACGCCUCCUGAAGCGCGGCGUGGGCGACGACCGCGACGAGGACGGCGGCCCGGGACGUGCGUGCGGGGCGUUGCGUUUCGAGUGGGAGCAGGGCAGGGAAGGCGUUCUUUUUGUCCAAGACUUGCUGGGUGUUUCCUGCAAGGACCGCUACUACACCGGCUGGGAGGCAUGGCUGCCAGAGCUUUGGAAGGUCAUGGGCCUCCCACAGAUGCCACUCUCACAGGACCAGCUGGGCUUAAAGUCUCCUUGCCAGCGCUUGACGGAGGCGCCUGCGCCUUGCUAUCGCGUGGACGUCAGCUGGGGGGUGGUGCCACAGCCCUGCAUGUGGCAGAAGAACGUGGCCGAAGCUUGCAGUCGCGGCAGCGGCAAGCCUCCCAUCAGCGACGAUGACAUCGUGCCGCCGGGCGCCGCGAAGCUCACCCUGCUGCACAACUCCCUGCUGGUGCCGGAGAAGUACGAUCGCGACAUCAGGAUUGAGGGAACGCCAGUGAGCUACAAGACGGGUGAUUCCCUGGCCGUUUGGCCACGGAACCCCUUUGACAAAGUGGAGGAGUUCUGCAAGGAGAUGGGUUUCGACGCCACGCAGAACUUGCGGGUUUUGCCCAUGGAAGGUGCACGCAACUGGUGCCCGCAAGAGCUCUCGGUACGGCAAUUGUUCAGCCACGUGCUGGAUAUCUUUGGCAAGCCCAACCGGAAGUUCUUCGAGACGCUCUCCUUCUUUGCCAAGGAUGAGGCCGACAAGAAGGCAUUGCAGAGCGUGGUGGAGAACAACGCCGAGGGCCAGGCGUUGUACCGAGACUUGACCCACGACUUUGCACACCACGCGGACGUCUUCAAGAAGUUCAAGAGCGCGCGGCCACCCAUCGAGCAAUUGUUGAACAUGAUCCCUGUCCUGAAGCCCCGCAGUGUUUUGGAUGCAGCGGCACCGUGGAGUCGCUACUCCAUUGCCAGUUCACCGUUGAUGCACGCGGACAAGAUCCAGCUGCUUGGUUUGCGGGACUGGCUGCAAGGGAACGACCGAAAAGGACCGCUGUGCGUGGUGUUGGUGGACUGGACGGUCGAGAGCACCAAAGAGCUUCGUCUGGGCGAAUGCACAGGCUACAUGCGACAGCAGAAGCCGGGCGCCACCAUGAUGUGCGCCGUCCGGCAGAGUGCCAUUGUCUUGCCAAAGGAUCCAAGCAAGCCGGUGAUCAUGGCGGGCAUGGGCACUGGUCUUGCUCCAUGGCGCGCCGUCACACAGGACGAGGGGGGAGCAUGCGCCCAUAGGUUGAACGUGGGGAAGGCCAUCCUCCACUCGCAGCGCCGAUUUGAGGAGUACCUCUACAAGGAUGAGUUUGAGAGCUACAUCAAGGAAGGUGUCCUCUCCAUGCACACGGCCUUCUCGCGUGAGCAGGUGCAGACUUCCGCCGAGACCUUCGGAGCUCGACCGCGGUGCUCGCUCCGCGGCACGGACCUUCGGUCGCCGGAACCGGUGCCGAAGGCGCGCAAGAUCUAUGUGCAGCACAAGAUUGUGGAGGCCGGGGAGGCUGUCCACCAGUGCAUGCUGAAGCAGGAGGGUCACUUCUACGUGUGCGGCUCUGCGCGACAAGUCCCUGAGGUGAUGAUGGCGAACGAGCGGGUGAAUGAGGAUGAGGCGGAGGCCAUCCUCUCGAACCUGAAGAUGGAGGGCCGAUUGCCACUCGUGGAUUGCGACACUGGACAACGGCUUGGCGUCAUCAUCUUUGUGGGGUUGGGAAGCAUCCAAGGUUACACGGUAGAGGUCUUGUGCAGCGGCGCCUCGGCCCUGAACGCGGUGCGUUUUUCGUCCCAGCGCACCCAGCGGAACUCUGGCCAAGGCCCUGAGGUGACUGGGACGACUCCCUUUGGCCCCUACGGCGGUUUGCUGCAUGCCUUCCUGCACCCAGACCGCCAGUCGGAAGCCCCUGAGCGGCUCCAACCCUUGGGUGCGGGCACCGGUGCAGCAGACGUGGAGUAUGAGCAGUUCUUGAAAGCCAAGGAGGUGCAGCGAGCGAUGUUUCAGGCUGAGAACAAGACCAUCGUCCAUCAGUGCGCGGAUACCGAUGUGAUCCAGCCCACUGAGAAGUCCAUUGCCUGCAUCGAUGGCAACCAGGCGGCAGCGCAUGUGGCCUAUGCCCUCAGUGACUGCGCCUUCAUUUAUCCCAUCACCCCCAGCUCGCCCAUGGGCGAGAUGGUUGAUGAGUGGGCUGCUCAAGGGCUCAUCAACUGCUACGGCCAGAAGCUGAGUGUCACCGAGAUGCAGAGCGAGGCGGGCGCUGCCGGCGCCUUGCACGGGGCUUUGAAGGCCGGUGCCUUCUCGACCACCUUCACUGCCAGUCAAGGACUGCUGUUGAUGAUUCCCAACAUGUACAAGAUUGCCGGCGAGCUGUUGCCAUGUGUGAUGCACGUGGCCGCCCGCGCCUUGGCCGGGCAGGCCUUGUCCAUCUUCGGAGACCAUCAGGACGUCAUGGCUUGCCGUUCCACCGGAUGGGCGAUGCUGGCGUCGGAGAGCGUGGAGAUGGUGCAGUACAACGCGCUGGUGGCGCAUUUGGUCUCCAUGGAACGCCGUGUCCCCGUGCAGCACUUCUUCGAUGGCUUUCGCACCAGCCACGAGGUGAACAAGGUGAAGUUGAUCGAUUACAACACCAUGAAGCAGCUCAUCAACUGGGAUGCCGUGAAGGAGCACCACGACCUGGCGAUGAAUCCUCGCCACCCCCACGUGCAGGGCACCUCUCAGGGACCGGACAUCUUCUUCCAAUGCGUCGAGGCCGGGAACACUUUCUAUGACGGCUUGGCAGACCUCUUCGAAGCCAAGUCCAAGCUGGUGGAGCAGAAGACGGGAGUUCACUAUGCCCUCUAUGCCUAUGAAGGACACAAGGAUGCAGAGUACGUGAUCGUGGUGAUGGGCAGUGGCGCAGUGACCUGCAGCGAGACGGCCACGUACCUGCAGGAGAAGGGUGAGAAGGUGGGCGUCUUGAAGGUCCGCUUGUUCCGCCCAUGGGACGCCAACCGCUUCAUGGCGGCGCUGCCGAAGACGUGCAAGCGCAUCUGCGUGCUGGACCGCACCAAGGAGCAGGGCUCGCAGGGGGAGCCUCUCUUCCUGGAAGUGUCCACCACGUUGAAGGCCAUGGGCCGGGCAGAGAUCGUCUGCAUUGGAGGCCGAUAUGGAUUGGGUUCCAAAGAGUUUACUCCGAACAUGGUGCUCUCCAUCUAUGAGAACUUGAAGAAGGAGACCCCGAAGCCGCGCUUCACGGUGGGCAUCGUGGAUGACGUCACGCACCUCUCCUUGCCGGUCGGCGAGUGGCUCAACGUCCUGCCACAAGGCACCACUGAGUGCAUGUUCUACGGCUUGGGCUCCGAUGGCACCGUGGGCGCCAACAAGAGUGCGGUGAAGAUGAUUGCCAUGGGCACCGAGUUGUACGCGCAGGCCUACUUCGAGUACGAUGCCAAGAAGAGCGGCGGCGUGACGAUCAGCCACCUGCGCUUUGGGCCGAAGCCCAUCCAUGCACCGUACAAUGUGCGAGCUGCGGACUACCUGGCCGUGCACAAGCCCAGCUAUGUGUCCAACUACGACAUGACCCGGUACAUGAAGCCCAAUGGCGUCUGUGUGAUCAAUUGCUCCUGGUCGGUGGAUGAGCUCAAGGACAAAUUGCCUCCCAAGAUGCGUCGGGACUUGGCGGUGAAGAAGGCGAAGUUGUACAUCAUCGAUGCGACACAGAUUGCAGUCAAGGCGGGACUGGGCAAGCGCAUCAACAUGAUCAUGCAGAGCGUCUUCUUCAAGCUCAGUGGUGUCAUGCCAUUUGAGGAAGCCAUUGAAAUGCUGAAGAAGAGCAUCAAGAAGAUGUAUGGCAAGAAAGGUGACAAGGUGGUGCAGAUGAACAUCGACGGGGUAGACGCCUCGGUGAGUGGCAUCAAGGAGGUGCCCGUGCCCGGCGACUGGGUCUCCCUCACCGUGCCCGGCGAGGCGGGCGCUGCCACUGGUGAGGUGGCCAAGGGACCUCGGAAGGUCAUCGACCUGUUGCCGAAGCAGUUCGCGGACAACGUGCAAAUGCCUUGCAACAACUUGGACGGCAACUCCCUGCCAGUGAGCACCUUUGUGCCGGGCGGAAGAGUGCCAUUGGGCACCAGCCAAUACGAGAAGCGCGGUAUCGCCAUCAACGUACCCAAGGUGGACAUGGACCUUUGCACCCAGUGCAACAAGUGCAGCUUGAUCUGCCCCCACGCCGCGGUGCGGCCCUUCCUGCUCACUCAGCAGGAGUUGAACUCCGCACCCAAGGACUUCAAGGAGGGCAGCCGCGCGGCCAUCGGCGGCGGAGUGCUGGACAACUACCAGUACCGAAUCCAGGUGUCGCCUUGGGACUGCACCGGCUGUGAGCUGUGCGUUCGCAUUUGCCCGGCGGAUGCCUUGAAGUUGGCCGAUGCCGGGAAGGUCAUCGAGGAGGAGGAGGCGAAUUGGAACUUCGCUGUGACCUUGCCAGACCGUGGAGAUGAGAUCGACAAGACGACGGUGAAGGGCUCCCAGUUCCAGAAACCUUACCUGGAGUUCAGCGGCGCCUGUGAGGGUUGUGGCGAGACGCCGCAUGUGAAGCUGAUGACGCAGCUGUUUGGAGAGCGCUUGGUGAUCGCCAACGCCACCGGCUGCUCCUCGAUUUGGGGCGGGUCCAACCCCUCGUUCCCCUACACCGUGAAUGCCAAGGGCGAAGGCCCCGCCUGGGCCAACAGCCUCUUCGAGGACAAUGCGGAGUUCGGCUUCGGCAUGCGAAAGGCCUUCAAGCAGCGACGCGAUUACUUGGCCAACCAAGUCGAGGAUGCGCUAGGAGACAAGGAGGUGACGAUGAGUGACGACCUUCGAACAGCCUUGCAACAAUACCUGGUGAUGCGCAAGGAGAACAUGCACGAUCUGCUGUUGCCGCGCGGUCGGAGUAUCUACCACCAGAUCAUGGAGAAGCUGGUGCCCCUGUUGGAGAAGGAGAAGGGUUCUCAUGCCAAGAUCAAGCAGCUCUAUGAACUGGAGGACAUGUUCGGCCGCAGCAGCUUCUGGAUCGUCGGUGGCGAUGGCUGGGCCUACGACAUUGGCUACGGCGGCCUGGACCACGUCAUCGCCUCUGAGGAGCACGUGAACAUCUUGGUGCUGGACACAGAGAUGUACAGCAACACCGGAGGUCAGGCCUCAAAGGCCACGCCCAAGGGCGCCAUGGCCAAGUUCGCCGAGGGCGGCAAGCUCACGCAGAAGAAGGACCUGGGUCAACUGGCGAUGACCUACAAGAACGUUUAUGUGGCGAGCAUCUGCGUCCAUGUGAACCCUCAACAGGCGGUGCGCGCCAUGAUCGAGGCUGAUGCGUACGCAGGACCGAGCAUCAUCUUGGCCUACGCUCCUUGCAUCAGUCAGGGCUUCCCUAUGGCCGAGUCGAUUCAGCAUUGCCAGAUGGCCGUCGACAGUGGUUAUUGGCCUUUGUACCGCUACAACCCGGAAGCCUCCGCGCAUGGGAACAACCCCUUCCAGUUGGAUUCCCGAAAGAUCAAGGGAGAUCUCUUCAAGUUCCUCGCCAAGGAGAACCGCUUUGCCGCGGUCAUGCGCCGAGACCCCAAGCACGCGCAGGAGCUGGACGACAAGCUUCAGGAGGCCGUGGUGCAGAAGAACCACCUCUUGCAGGUCUUGAACAAGGAGGAUUUGGAAGGCCAGUUCAGCAAGUUGGUGGAGGGCUUGUCCGAUGCGAAGUCCACCGCGGACAUGGUCACCAUCUUGUACGGCAGUGAGACGGGGAACUCCGAGGAGCAGGCGAAGAAUCUCAUGCAGGACAUCCGCGCACGUGGACUGAAGGCUCAGGUGAGCAGCUGUGACGACUUCGACUUCGAGGAGCUGCCGAACCAGAAGUUGGUGAUUUUGGUGGUGUCCACUUGUGGCCUGGGCGAAUUCCCAGCCAACUGCAAGCAGACCUGGUUGAAACUCCAAUCCCAGGACCUACCGAUGAGUUGGCUCUCCGGCACGAAGUUCGCCGUCUUCGGGCUAGGUGACUCCACCUAUAGCCAGUUCUGCGUGGCGGCCAUUCAGUUCGACACGCGCCUCGGCGAGCUGGGCGGCCAACGCCUCCUGAAGCGCGGCGUGGGCGACGACCGCGACGAGGACCGCUACUACACCGGCUGGGAGGCAUGGCUGCCAGAGCUUUGGAAGGUCAUGGGCCUCCCACAGAUGCCUCUCUCGCAGGAGGCGCCAGCCCCUUGCUAUCGCGUAGACGUCAGUGGCAGCGGCAAGCCUCCCAUCAGCGACGAUGACAUCGUGCCGCCGGGUGCCGCAAAGCUCACCUUGCUGCACAACUCCCUGCUGGUGCCGGAGAAGUACGAUCGCGACAUCAGGCGCCACGGCAGGAUUGAGGGCACGCCCGUGAGCUACAAGACCGGCGAUUCCCUGGCCGUUUGGCCGCGGAACCCGGUUGACAAGGUGGAGGAGUUCUGCAAGGAGAUGGGUUUCGACUCCACUCAGAACUUGCGGGUUUUGCCCAUGGAAGGCGCACGCAACUGGUGCCCGCAAGAGCUCUCGGUGCGGCAAUUGUUCAGCCACGUGCUGGAUAUCUUUGGCAAGCCCAACCGGAAGUUCUUCGAGACACUCUCCUUCUUUGCCAAGGAUGAGGCCGACAAGAAGGCAUUGCAGAGCGUGGUGGAGAACAACGCCGAGGGCCAGGCGUUGUACCGAGACUUGACCCACGACUUUGCACACCACGCGGACGUCUUCAAGAAGUUCAAGAGCGCGCGGCCACCCAUCGAGCAAUUGUUGAACAUGAUCCCUGUCCUGAAGCCCCGCAGCUACUCCAUUGCCAGCUCACCGUUGAUGCAUGCGGACAAGAUCCAGCUGUGCGUGGUGUUGGUGGAUUGGACGGUCGAAAGCACCAAAGAGCUUCGUUUGGGCGAAUGCACAGGCUACAUGCGACAGCAGAAGCCGGGCGCCACCAUGAUGUGCGCGGUGCGGCAGAGUGCCAUUGUCUUGCCGAAGGAUCCAAGCAAGCCGGUGAUCAUGGCGGGCAUGGGCACUGGUCUUGCUCCAUGGCGCGCCGUCACACAGGAGCGUGUUUGUCAAAAUCGACAAGGCCUCAAAGUGGGCCCUUGCCACCUCUUCUUCGGCGCCCGCUACAACGCGGAAUACCUCUACAAAGACGAGUUUGAGAGCUACAUCAAGGAAGGUGUCCUCUCUAUGCACACGGCCUUCUCGCGUGAGCAGGCGCGCAAGAUCUAUGUGCAGCACAAGAUUGUGGAGGCCGGGGAGGCCGUCCACCAGUGCAUGCUGAAGCAGGAGGGUCACUUCUACGUGUGCGGCUCUGCGCGACAAGUCCCUGAGGACAUCUACACUGCCAUGAAGGAGGUGAUGAUGGCGAACGAGCGGGUGAAUGAGGAUGAGGCGGAGGCCAUCCUCUCGAACCUGAAGAUGGAGGGCCGUAGCUUGGGCGAAAUGGAUCGAAAUGGAGGAUUUCUCGGUGGAGAAAUCUCCAGACUCACACCAGUUUGGUCGGUGCAUGGACUGACUAUUGGUGAGAUUUUUGAACGAACCACCAGCCCGGCCCGACAAUGUGACAAACUGGAUUGACCCAAGACAAGAGAGAGGUGUCAUUUGCAAAUCUGUGGCAAUCUCCCUGUGCAUCUUCGCCAACCACAUGUUUGAAUAUUUGGGUGCGUAUUGAAACAGGGAGACCUCCCAAAGGCCCGCUGGAAGAAGGAACAAAGACCAGUCUACUCAUUGGUUGGAUGUUUCCCUAUUAAAAUACACACCCAUUUGUUUGGGGGAGAAAACACAUUGGCGGAUGUUCUUGACGACGCGGACCAGUGUUCUUUAGAGGGGGAACUCGGCGGCCAUAUGCGGCCAUGGGUUUUGAGCGAACAGGCGAUGGUUUGAGCGGCAGAUGGUCAGGGUGUGGCUUAAGGCUCCGACCAUCUGGGCAGGGAAAGUCAGGCAUUACAUGUUUGUCAUCCAUGGUGACCAGUCUGACUGAUUCUGGUCCUCAAAGCUUUCAAUUACUCUUAGUUUGUAGAGGGCUCCUGUUCUGGAAUCCCCUGUGAAUGUUUGAUCUGAAAUCCGCCUCAGUGCCGCUGCUAUUGGAGGAGAACUCUCUGAAGAAGUCUUGCAGCUUUCUUCAGAUGCCGAGGGGGUCAAGCUAUUGUGAAGGAAUCCCGUCACAGACCUGUGAAGGAACGGGAUCCAUGUCGCAGGUUACACGGUGGAGGCUUGGUCC